UGCUUUACGGCAGCCCGCUCCGACGCUGUCGCGCUGCUUCCGCUGGGCUCGCCAAUGGGGAACGCUCCGGCGACGCCCGCCCGUCCCCAAGCACGCUAGCCGGGAAGCAGGGCUGCGUGCGGAGUCUGCCGGCGCCGCGCGCGUGUCUGGUGUCGCUGCUAUGGAAGCCAAAGGUAAAAAGAGAUUUAUGGGGAAAAAUGGAAAAGCACCACAAAGAAAACAUAAAUUUAAAAAAGACAAUGAUUCUGGUCCACCAAAAAAGUUUUAUACUAAAAGAGGUGAAGAAGGAAAGCCUAAAUUCAGAUCCAAGAAGUCUGAGAAAGGAAACAAAAAACUUGGUAAGACUAGUGUGAAACAAUUCAAGAGUAAGCAGCAACCAGAAAAGUUCAGUAGGAAGAGAAAACUCCAGGAGGAUAAUGAGGGUGGGUCUGUACCUAAGAAGCCUAAAUGGAAUGAUUUAAAAAGGAAAAAGAAGGAAUUAAAGCAGAGCAGACAACUUAAUGACAAAACAAAUUAUGAUGUAAUCAUCAAAUCAAAACAGAUAUGGGAAAGUGUGAGAAGGAAAAACUGUGACAAGAAGAAGCGAGAGAAGCUAAUAAAUGAACUACAUAAAUUGCUCCAGGGGAAAAUUAAAACUAUGGCAUUUGCACAUGACUCAACUCGAGUUAUCCAGUGUUUCAUUCGGUAUGGCAAUGACAAGCAAAGGCAAGAAACGUUUGAAGAAUUAAAAGAUAGCCUACUAGAAUUGAGCAAAUCCAAAUAUUCCAGAAAUAUUGUAAAGAAGUUUCUUAUGUAUGGAACAAAACCACAAGUUGCAGAAAUAAUUAAAAGCUUUAAAGGUGAGGUAAAAAAAAUGCUCCGCCAUUCUGAAGCAUCUGCCGUGGUAGAAUAUGCAUACAAUGAUAAAGCCAUCCUGGAGCAAAGGAUCAUGCUAGCAGAAGAGCUCUAUGGGAACACGUUCCAAGUUUAUAAGUCCCCAGUUCACCCUACACUGGACAAAGUAUUAGAGGCUCAUCCUGAAAAGCAAGAGGCCAUUAUGGAUGAAAUGAAACAGAUUCUUACCCCAGUGGCACAAAAGGAGGCUGUGAUAAAGCACUCACUGGUACAUAAAGUAUUUUUGGACUUUUUCAUCCAUGCUCUCCCAAAACAAAGAUCUGAAAUGAUUGAAGCAAUCAGAGAAGCAGUAAUCUACCUGGCACAUACACAUGAUGGAGCCCGUGUAGCCAUGCAUGCUUUAUGGCAUGGUACACCCAAGGACAGAAAAAUAAUUAUGAAAACCAUGAAGACGUAUGUUGAAAAAAUAGCUACCGGUGAAUUCUCUCACUUGGUCUUGCUGGCAGCAUUUGAUUGCAUUGAUGAUACCAAGCUCAUGAAACAGCUAAUCAUAUCUGAGAUAAGUGGUUCUUUGCCCAAUAUUGUAAACAACAAAUAUGGAAGGAAGGUCCUGUUGUACUUGCUAAGUCCAAGGGAUCCUGCACAUUUCUUACCAGAGAUUGUCAAAAUUCUGCAACAGGGAGAUGGAAAUGCUUACAGUAAAAAAGAUUCAGAUGUGCGCCGUUGUGAACUUUUAGAAGCCAUUUCCCCGGCCUUGUUAGGUUAUCUGCAAGAACAUGCCCAAGAAAUGGUGAUGGACAAAGCUACGUGCGUCUUGGUGGCUGAUGUUUUAGGAUCUGUUCUUGGUGAUGUCCAGCCUGCCAUGAAUGCAAUUGCUAGUUUGGCAGCAGAGGAGCUGGUUCCAGGUGGCAAAGAUGGGCAGCUUCACAUUGCAGAGCAUCCAGCAGGCCAUCUGGUUCUGAAAUGGUUAAUAGGGCAAGAUGAAAAAAUGAGAGAUAAUGGAAGAGAAGGAUGUUUUGCAAGAACAUUGGUGGAAUGUGUCAGCAUUAAGAAUAUGAAGUCCUGGGCAGAAGUAAAUCGAGGUGCCAUGGUUCUUUGUUGCCUUCUCCGAAGCACAGAUCAAGAAGUGGCAAAUAAAGUCAAAGGAGGACUAAAAAGCCUCAUUCCGAAAUUGAAAUGCAAUAAAAAUGUAAAAGGAAUAGAGGCUCUGCUAGAAAUGUUAACUUCCUAAUUUAAAUGAGGUUCAGAAAGACCAGUUUCCUAUCAUUGUAACCAAAUACAAGUCAGUGGAGGUUUUGCACAAUGUUUGAUUAUUUUUGUAAUAUCCUUUGUAAAAGUGUAUUUGUAAAUUAAACUGUUUCUAAAAUGA